AAAUAUUUGAUGUGCGUCCCCGACAGCCCUACGCCAACAACGUUCGAUGCCGUCAUCAUUGGCGGUGGCGCUGCAGGCCUCGCCGCUGCCAGGGCAUUGCAGCUUCAUCACGAUGUAGCUGUUAUCGAGGCGCGACCUCGGCUCGGAGGGAGGAUCAGCCCGACCAGGUGGCACCGGGGGGUUGCUAUUGAUAUGGGCGCUCAAUACGUACACGGCGUUUGCCCGGAGAACCCUAUGGUGGACCUCAUCCACCGCGCGAAGCUUCACCUCGAGACGUAUCCUGGCUCCGAUGAGGAGUAUAUUACAGGCUUGCGGGCAUACAACGCGGAGGGGAAGUUGUACUCAGCUGAGGAGUUGGAUAGCGCCUAUAGGAGGAUGCAAAAUCUGAUGGAAAGAGCGGAAAGUGUCUGUCGAGAAUUGGAUGAUGACGUAAGUUUCGAAGAUGGCGUCAAAUUGGCUGGGAUCGACCUCUCUACUGAGGACGAGCUCGUGAGGUAUCUUUGGUGGUAUCUUGUUCGAACGUGGAUGGGUGUCAGCUCGGACGCCCAACUCCGAGCUAACGAGUUUAACGGCUCGGACGAGACCGGUAGGUGCGAAGGCCCUGACGGUAAAGUGAAGGAGGGCAUGUACGCACUUGUCGAGGAGCUCCGUAGGGAGUGCCCUAACGCACACUUCAUACUUUCCUCUCCAGUCGUCUCUGUGGUUGAGCAAGAUGGCUUGGUUAAGGUUACUACGAAGGACGGUGCUGAAUACUAUGCCAAAGCUUGCAUCUGCACGGUGCCCUUGGGAGUUUUACAAACAGGUCGACUCAGCUUCGAGCCAGAAUUGUCCGCGGCUCAGCGAGAAUCCAUCAACAGGCUUGGCACUGGCACCAGUGAGAAAGUCUUUCUAGGCUGGGACGAGACCGAGCCUAUCCCUGAUGACAAGGCCGGUAUAGCUGUUAUCGGUCCUGAUGGCCACAAUUGGCUUUUUGAGGUUCUCUCUACGAGUGCCGUCACAGCUCAAGUGGUGGACAUCAGCGCAUCAGAGGCGAUAGAAGGCGCAGUUGAGGCCUUGAAAGUGGCGUUUCCGGACCUCCCACCACCUGAUCGAACAUCUGUUACAUUCUUCUGUUCGGGUCUGUACUCGAUGGGAGCCUAUUCUCAUUACAGGCCGGGAUCCACUGAACGGGACGUAGAAAGGGCGGCACAGCGACACGGCUUGGUCUGGUUCGCUGGAGAACACUGUGAUCCAGAAUACCAAGGCGCAGUGCAUGCAGCUCUUCUAACGGGUGCGAAGGCUGCUGAAGACGUCGAGAAGUAUCUGGCGAGUCGAUCUUGUUAA